AAAAAUUGAAGUAGUUACAAAAUGUCGGACGUGGAGAUUGAACAGCAACCGGAUCCGGCGCACUUGGCUGUGGUGAUGACGCCUCGACGACGCCGUCACAGUGGACGACGUGGAAUCGGGCCCACAUCCCAAGAUGCCAAAGUGUCAAAGACACCGACAUCCGCAUCGCCCUCGCGAAGCUGUCCGCUGGCACACGGCACUAAAGACAAUUGGACCUGGAGCAAUCGCAAUCGCUCCAAUGAGGUGGUGCUAAGCGGCCCCAAUUUUCGCACUGUUCACUUUCAUCCCAACUGGAGCAAGGGCACCGCCGGAGUCCAGGGCAAGCGGCCACUCAACAAUGGCCGCUUUUACUGGGAGCUGCAUGUGUCGCAGAGGGUCUUCGGGACCUCGAUAAUGUUUGGGAUUGGCACCCGGUCGGCUCGGCUACAUGCCAAUGCCUUCCGCAAUAUGCUGGGAGAGAACGAGCACGGAUGGGGACUCUCACACAAGGGCGUGCUCUGGCACAACGGCGUGGCCCUACUGUAUACGAAGCGUUUCCGCGAGAAUCAUUCCACCCAGAUUGGUGUGCUUUUCGACGGAAUUGAGGGCACGCUGACUUACUAUAAGGAUGGAAAGUGUCUGGGGGUGGCCUUCAGGGGAUUGGAUAAGAUUGAGGAACCUCUCUAUCCCAUCGUAUGCUCGACAGCCGCCAAAACGGAGAUGACUCUAAAGAGUGCUCGGCGUGAGUUUGUCAAUCUCCAGGAUCGUUGUCGGGCCGUGAUUAUGCGGCGAGUCCGAAGCUCCUCUCAACUGGAGAAGCUCAAGCUUCCGCUGCCGAUCCGUGCCUACUUGAGUGAAGUCAUUGAUGACAAAGAGCCGCUGCGUCAGGUCGACAACUAUGAUAUACUAUGUGAUUUCUAAAGUUUGGAACAUCUGAACCGCAUCUCCCAAUAAUCCGCAUCUCUAUUAUAACCGUUGGAUUUUGGAAGGAGAGAAGUGGAACAGUCCUAAACCAUACCAAAUAAUAUCUAAGCUGCGACCCGUGAAACUGUUGUUGUGCCAUCAAGUGGGUCUGAAAAGAAACAAGAGGGAAAACGUUUCUAGGAAAUAUUGUACAUUUUCAAGUAAUUCUAAAUUGUAUUUUACGUUUUGCUAUAAUCCUUUCUUGGUUUUGUUUAUAUCUUUCUGUUGAGAUUUCUAGCUAAAAUGUGGGGAAAUAGGCCAAAUUCGGUGCAAUAUUUGUGAUAUAAGGAAUGGAGGAAUAACAUGAAUAUUCAAUUUGUAUUUGUGGAUCAAACUGCAUAAAGCUAUCCGCAAAAUAAGAUAAAGUCAUAGGUCAUAGAGCUAAGCAUAUUUUUUGGUACAGACGAGUGUGAAAUCUAGUCAAAGGAACACGUUGCUAACCUAACUUUGUGUUAAUGGCCAGCAAAUAUUCAUAAGUAACAUAAUCUAUCGAUUGAAAAACUCAAUUCUAGUCAUACAAGCAGAAUUAAACGAUGUUUCCCUUGAUCUAACAACAUUUAUGGCACUUGUAAAUGUAUUAUACAGCUUUGGUCACAUAAAUAUUUUAGUAAAAAUGAUUUAUUACAUUAUUCUUAUUAUGAUUAUUGUAGAUUUGGUGUCUGUAUAAAUUACUACACAUAAUUUAAUUGGUAUUCAUAGAUGGCAAGCAAGACAUGUACAUGAAAUUCGUAAAAAAAAA